AUGCCCCAGCUAUCACUAUUGCGUCAAGAUGUCAUAAAGGAUGAGGAUUGGAAGCAGAGAACAGAGUCUCUAUCAAACGCAUCAAGCACCUCAACAUCAGAAGAGCAAAACUCGCAGCUCGUUCUCAUCAUUCAGAAGCUCAAUGAUGAAAAUCGGCUCUUACGAGAAGAACGCAAAACUCGGAGCUUGGAAAUGGCCAAAAUGGAGCGAACGCUGGCUGGGAAAUGUAUGGAAACGAGUCAGCUGAGGGAAGAAAAGAUUGCGUCUGAUGCACAGAGAGAGGCACAGUUUAGAGCGCUACAGAAUGAGAUCUUGAUGUUGAAAGCUCAAUCAGGAACUAAAGGGAUGAUUGGAAAGAUUCCUUGCGUGCAAUUGGAU